AUGAUUGACCUGAAUACAGCUCCGAGAUUCUGGUUGUCGAGGAGAUGGCGUCUGGCAAUUCUCAGUUGCAUCGGGUUUUUAAUCGUCACCUCGAACAGGCUGGGUGUGGAGGUGGCCCUCCUCUGCAUGUUUAACAAGACCAACAGUGACGUCAUCACAGGCCAGCCAAUCACAGCUCGUUUCCCUGCCCAGAUAGGUCUUAAAGAGAAACAUUUUGAAUUAAUUUACACGGCUUCGGAUGAACAAAUGACAAAAAAUGAAACUCAUUUUGGUGAUGGUGACGAAGGCGCUGGUGAUGAUGAUGACGGUGACGGUGGGGGAGAUUACAGCGACGACUACACGAAUGGGGACGUGUACCACAACUCGACAAAGAGCAGAAGAGAAGUUGAAAGGAAGGCAGGCGAUUUAUCAUGGACGACCAAAGAAUUCACAGCAAUAUGGGAAGCUUAUUAUCUCGGUGACCUUAUAUCCAAAAUACCAUCUGCACUUUUGGUUCAAAGAUUCGGCGGAAAGAAAUUGUUCACGCUUUCCAUACUCGUUGAGUCCAUAUGUACAGCUCUGACACCAUUGGCUGCGAAAGUUCACUACUUUCCUAUCUUGCUGCUCAGACUGGUGUCUGGUCUCAGCGCUGUAUUUGACGCCCACUCAGUAAAAAUUCUGUGCUGUUGUUUAGUUCUUGAUGAUCAGUUCCACUUCAACGAUAGUAUGAACGGUGAGGCGGUUGAGGAUGACGUCAUUUGCUUGUUGGAGCUGGCGUGUUCGCUUUACAGGCAGGUGGUUCUGUGUGGUCAUGCCGUGUGGUGGUGUGUGCUGUCACAGGAAACUGCGCAUCUUGAAUGUAAUGAACCCAACGGACCAAAAACUUGCAACAAGUUAAUCACGAUGUACUGA